CCAAGUGGCUGCGGGGCGCGGGCAGGCGAUGGAUACGGAUGAGAUCCACCUGCGCAGGCUGCCGGGACCGCGGGGUGAUGAGUCCUGCAGGCAACAUCCCAGAGAAACGCUGCUGUUGCUGUUUCAUCUUUACUGGAGACACAGACAGUGAGUUUCAUGGGGUGGAUUUUCUGCCAGAAGAUCUCAACGAGGCUCCAGAGGAGACAGGAAUGAGGGUGAACAAGAAAUACUCCUGUCUACCUGCUGAGGAGAAGGGGAUCCACAUUAUCAACAUCCGAGCUAUUGAGGAUAUAGGAUACGACCAGCACGAGAGUACAUUAUUAAAUUCCCUAUCCAAAAAUCCAGAUGCUGACUGCAAAUAUGGACUCUACUUCAGAGAUGGCAAGAGGAAAGUCGACUACAUCCUGGUUUAUCAUUACAAGAGGUCCUCGGCGGGGAGGACACUGGCCAGGAGAGUUCAUCACAAUGAUUCAAGCACCCGGAACACCAAGCAGGACCAGCCGCUUCCUGGGAAGGGAGUGCAACUGGAAAUGGGGGAAGGCGAACCUCACGUGGAUUGCCAUGAAGACGACAAGAGGUUUCGCAGGGAGGAGUACGAAGGGAACCUCGUGGAGGCUGGUCUGGAACUGGAACACGAUGAGGAUACUAAAAUCCAUGGGGUUGGAUUUGUAAAAAUACAUGCACCGUGGAAUGUAUUGUGCCGAGAGGCAGAAUUUCUUAAGCUCAAGAUGCCCACAAAAAAGAUGUAUCAGAUCAAUCAGACCCAUGGCCUUCUGAAAAAGAUUAAUACAGUAAUUCAAAAAAUAACAGAGCCCAUCCAGCCAAAAGUAGCAGAACACAAACCUCAGACGAUGAAGCGCCUCUCCUACCCCUUCUCCAGAGAAAAACAGCACCUAUUUGAUUUGUCUGACAGAGAUUCCUUCUUUGACAGCAAAACGAGAAGCACUAUAGUUUAUGAAAUAUUGAAAAGAACGACAUGUACCAAAGCAAAAUAUAGCAUGGGGAAAGGAGAGGGAAGAAAGAAGGAAACUGCCCUUUUAAAUAAAAGACGAAAAUGUGGUAAAUAUGGGAUCACCAGUCUGCUUGCCAAUGGAGUUUACACUGCUGCAUAUCCUUUGCAUGAUGGUGACUAUGAAGGUGAAAACGUUGAACCUAAUGACAGAAAACUCCUGUGCGAGGAGUGGGCGAGCUAUGGGGUCUUCUACAAAUACCAACCCAUCGACCUGGUGAGAAAAUACUUUGGAGAGAAGAUUGGACUAUAUUUUGCCUGGCUGGGAGUUUAUACACAAAUGCUCAUUCCAGCUUCAAUAGUAGGGAUUAUCGUUUUCCUAUAUGGCUGUGCCACUGUGGAUGAGAACAUACCAAGUAUGGAAAUGUGUGACGAGAGAAACAACAUCACCAUGUGUCCCUUAUGUGACAGAACGUGCAGCUACUGGAAGAUGAGCUCGGCUUGUGCGACUGCUCGCGCAAGUCAUCUCUUUGAUAACCCUGCAACUGUCUUCUUCUCAGUCUUCAUGGCUCUCUGGGCUGCCACUUUUAUGGAACACUGGAAGAGAAAACAGAUGCGUCUCAACUACAGGUGGGACCUGACUGGGUUUGAAGAGGAGGAGGAGGCAGUCAAGGAUCAUCCAAGGGCAGAAUAUGAAGCUAAAGUUUUAAAAAAAUCACUGCGAAAAGAACACAAACAUAAAGAGAAGCAUCGAUAUUUUCCAGAAGAGACAGCAAACAAAUGGAGACAAAGAGUUAAGACAGUCAUGGCUGGGGUGAAAUUGACAGAUAAAGAAAAGCUGACAUGGAAGGAUCGUUUUCCAGCUUAUUUAACCAAUUUUGUUGGCAUUAUCUUCAUGGUCGGGCUGACGUUCGCCAUCGUGUUCGGAGUCAUCAUCUACAGGAUCUCGACCGCGGCGGCGCUGGCGAUCAGUUCAACCCCCUCGGGCCGAUCCAGCGUCAGGGUCACCGUCACGGCCACCGCCGUCAUUAUCAAUUUGGUUGUCAUCAUCAUCCUGGACGAAGUAUACGGCUGCAUCGCAAGGUGGUUAACUCAGAUCGAGGUGCCAAAAACUGACAAGAAUUUCGAAGAGCGGCUGAUUUUUAAGGCUUUCCUGCUGAAAUUUGUCAACGCCUACACACCCAUUUUCUACGUUGCUUUCUUCAAAGGCCGAUUUGUUGGACGUCCAGGAGACUAUGUCUACAUUUUCCAUUCUUUCCGAAUGGAAGAGUGUGCUCCAGGUGGUUGCCUAAUGGAAUUGUGUAUCCAGCUCAGUAUUAUCAUGUUGGGCAAGCAGCUGAUUCAGAACAAUUUAUUUGAGAUUGGCAUCCCGAAGAUGAAGAAAUUUAUACGAUACAUGAAAUUAAAGCGUCGGCGUUCUUUAGACCACGAAGAGCACAUGAAAAAAAAGCAGCGUUAUGAAGUGGACUAUAACCUGGAGCCUUUUGCUGGACUCACCCCUGAAUAUAUGGAAAUGAUUAUUCAGUUUGGGUUUGUAACUUUGUUUGUUGCAUCCUUCCCGCUGGCACCUCUGUUUGCGUUGUUGAACAACAUCAUUGAAAUCCGUCUAGAUGCAAAAAAAUUUGUUACUGAGCUGAGGAGACCGGUAGCGGUCAGAGCAAAGGAUAUAGGAAUCUGGUAUAAUAUCCUCAGAGGCAUUGGAAAGCUUGCUGUCAUAAUAAAUGCAUUUGUGAUCUCAUUCACAUCCGACUUCAUUCCACGCCUCGUGUACCUGUAUAUGUACAGUGAGAAUGGCACCAUGCAUGGCUUCGUCAACCAUACACUAUCCUCUUUUAAUGUCAGCGAUUUUCAAGCAGGAACAGCUCCAAACGACCCCAUGGAUCUCGGCUACGAGGUUCAGAUAUGCAGAUACAAAGAUUAUCGAGAACCCCCCUGGUCCGAAAACAAGUAUGACAUUUCAAAGGAUUUCUGGGCUGUCCUAGCAGCAAGAUUAGCGUUUGUGAUAGUUUUCCAGAACUUGGUCAUGUUUAUGAGUGAAUUUGUUGACUGGAUUAUCCCAGACAUUCCCAAGGACAUUAGUCAACAGAUUCAUAAGGAGAAGGUUCUCAUGGUGGAGGUCUUCAUGAGAGAAGAGCAAGGGAAGCAGCAAAUGCUAGAAACCUGGAAAGAGAAGGGCAAGAAAAAAGGUGAAAACUGUAACAAUCACAGCCCCAGACUCUCCAGGAGCCACAGCGGGAGCUUGUCCUCUUGCCACUCGUAUCCUCUCGACGUAUAGAAGAGGAAGGUGUUGCGUAUGUCGGGGCAUUCCACUGAUACACAAGCCAUCGCGUCAAGGGCAGGACUCGAUUCAUGGACAACCUGGUGCAUGUUGAAGGAUGUCGCUGCCGUUCUGCUCCCAUCUUUGUAAGAAAUGCUCUUCUUACAAACAUGGAGGACCACGUUCUAUUUCUGAUAAUGUUGUUUCUUCUUUUGCACAAGCAGUAAUGCAGGGAAUUUUUAUAUUUCAUCGACAGAUAACACUAUUGACGUUGGUGUGCAUUAAUAAAUGCAGGUACUUAGUACGUCUUGAUAGAGAUAUUCUCUGAGAAUUUGACCUUUAGCCUGUUAAUUAACUAACUAAAUAAAGGUAAAUUUUAAGUAAUAAUAAUACUACUAAUUUAAAAUAUAUUUGGAACCCCAGGCUUGAAGGUCCAUGGGGUACGUAGAUAACGUAUAUGCAAAAUGAGCUUUAGACUGUGCCCCAGGAUUCCUUUUGGCAGGAGAGAAGCCACGUAAAGCCCACCAGGCUGCCUUGCUUUCCAAGACAGGCUUUAGCUCUGCUGGCAGAUCUGUGUUUGAACCUGCAGGUCUAAAACGAGCUCCUGCUCAGCUCUGGCGUCACACAUGUCAGUGGGGCACUGGUGGCAUCCACAACUGAUGUGAAUGAAGCUACCUCAGUGCCCCAAGCUGCAUUUGAGCGUUUGAGUGGGAUCCCAGCGUCUCAAACACUCGUGGCCAUGCAGCAGCAGCACAAUUUUUGGAGAUCCUCCCUGCAGGUCGACGAUCCCGGAGCGUUUUGUUAAAUGCCCUGAAUUACCGAGCACACAUAGAGCUGCCGUGACUCGCACCGCCCUGCCUAGAGCUCAGACACGGUUGUUGCUGAGGAAAUUCCCUUUAUUCCCCCCCAUUGUUUUAGCGCAUCCCUUUCUUAGGCAGUUUUCUCUCUGUAGCCCUCGAUCCCUGCAGGAGAUGGGGAUCUGCACCCGUUUUGCACAGCCAGAGAACAGCUUUGCCCAGAGGUUGUGCCGGAGGAGUAAAUCAAAAAGUCCCACUUACUGUCUUCAAUAGAAAUGUUGCCUGCACUGGGGCUACAGGACCAGACCUUCAGUUAGUUACAGGACUUUUGUCUUAAAAUCCUCUGUAUUUUGAGCUUCCUUAAAGUAAUAAGUCUCCAGUCCUUCCUUACGAUGCUUAGCGAAAUCCCAAUCAGUUCAACUCUUUUUGAGCAUAGUACAUUUUAGUUUUGCUUUGUCAAACGAUAAACUGCACUUCCAAAUAAUAUUGGUGCAAUUAACCUCAUUUCUUUUAUUGCUUUUUCUCAUCCAUGGCACUUGCAUUACGAAUAUAAAACUGAAAAAAAAUAAAAGAAAAAGGAAAGAUUUCUUUAAAGUCUAACUACUGUAUGGUUUGUUACAAAACCAAACGUCAAAAGACUGUUUUCAAGAGAAGUUAGUUAUUUCUUUUUUCCUUUUCUUAUUUUCUUUGCCAAACUAAUUUAAAGAUUAAUGCUAGAACUUUAAAGAAAAAUGCGAUAUUUAGCUUUUGAUAUAUUUAUUUGUUUUAAAGUAUGUGAUAAACUUGAUAUUUUUCUGGAGUCUGUCCAAAGAAGGUACCAGAAAAGAAAUUAUGUGGGGGAAGGAAAAUGGUAUUAACCAAAUAUUCUUGAAGCUUAUUUAAAAUAUUGAUUCAACCAAAGAUUUUUAUUAAUAAAGGGCUUAUAUUUUGUUAACUCUUGUUUCUGUUGUAUUUUGACUUGCAGGAAUGUCACUAUUUUUUAAAUUUGUAACUUAUGAUAGCUUAUUACUGCAGGGCCAAAUUCUGCCUGGUUUAUUCAUGCAAGAAGCAUCAUCCCUGGUUGUGUUUACCAGCUCAGGCCCACUGAGCGGGAGUAAAUCAAGCAGAAUUCUGCUCAUACAUCUUGUUGAAAAAGCUUCUUCCUCUCAUUCCUCGGUAGCCCAAAAGAUCCAGAAGAAAGCCAAACAUCAACUACCUAUGCUGAAGAGAAAUCUUCCUCGAAGGCAAUUUCAGCUGUAAAUACUUAUCCAAAAGUAUUCCCAACUUAAUACUGACAUUCCUGUAAAUGGUAGAGCUAUAUCCUGAACACAUACUUAUCAGAAUUUUUCAUUAUUUGCUGAAAUCAUUAAAUAGUAACAGUUGCUUAUACUUUCUUUUGUACAGUAAAUUGUUUGAAACGGAAUUUUGUAUAUAAAAAAAACUGUAUUACUACUUAGAUAAGUAUAAAACUUUCAUGGAAUCAUUUUUUAAGAAAAGCAAAUAUAUACUAAAUCUGGUUUA